AUGGCUUCAUCAAAUACACCAUCAGAAACACCAACUUCUCAGGAACAAGGAUCAACUCCUGAUCCAACAAUUGGAACCCAAAAAACUAGUAAUAGAGGAAAAACUGAUCCUGCAUGGGGCCAUUGUAAACAAGUUUUGGAUAAAGAAAAAACUGCUCUAGUAUGUAUUUAUUGCGAGAAGCUUAUUAGGGGUGGAGGAAUUAACCAGGUUAAGCAUCAUUUGGCUGGAAAAAACGGAGAUAUUGAGGCAUGUCGAAAGGUGCCAGCUGUGGUGAGACACCAAUUCAAUCAAAACAUUGAAGAUCUUCGAACCAAGAAAAGAAAAACUCAAGAAGAAUAUGCAGAAAGUUAUGGCGCUUGUGAUGACGUUGAAAGGGAGUUUGAUGAGAUUGAACCAACACCUGGAGCUCAACUAAGUAUUAAAAGUAUUCUCCAAAGCAAAGAAAUUGUGGAGAAGUGUGAUAUUGCUAUUGCAAGAUGGAUGAUGGAUGCCUCUGUGCCAUUCAAUGCGGUUAAUUCAGCUUAUUAUCAGCCGAUGAUCGAUGCUAUUGCAAACAUGGGUGCAGGGUAUAAAGGGCCAAAUUACCAAAGAGUUCGUGGAUAUUUGUUGAGUAAAUUGGUUGAAGAUGUAAAGAAGAUGAUUGAAGGAACUGUUUUCCUAAAGUCAGUUGAUGCUUCUCAUAUCUCGAAAAUUGCUGAGGCUUUGUUUAAGUUGCUUAGGGAUGUUGUGUUAUUUGUUGGUCCUGAGAAUGUUGUACAUGUAGUGACAGAUAAUGCUGUAAAUUACGUUGCUGCUGGAAGGUUAUUGGAAUCGGAGUUUCCUAGAUUGUAUUGGUCUCCUUGUGCGGCACAUUGUAUUAAUUUGAUGUUGCAGGAUAUUGGAAAGUUUAUAGAAUUCACAGGCGGCCGAGAAAUACUUCGUCCAGCUCCAACUCGAUUCGCCACUAAUUUCAUUACUUUGCAAAGUAUUUUGGCUCAAAAGGAUGCAUUGAGAGCUAUGGUGACAUCUAGAGAAUGGACAAGUUCAGCUUACUCUAAAGAAGCCAAAGCAAAAAAGUUUGUGGAUCAAGUCUUAGAUUCUAAAUUUUGGAAUCAAUGUACUGAUAUUGUUAAGCUUACGGAGCCACUUGUUCAUGUAUUGCGUAUUGUGGAUAGUGAAGAUAGAGCUGCAAUUGGUUUUCUUUAUCAAGCUAUGUAUAAGGCUAGGGAAGACAUGGUGAAGAAGUUUCAAAAAAGAAAGAGGGUUGUUGAACCUUAUUUGAAGAUUUUAGAUUCACGUUGGGAUUUACAAUUUAAAAGAAACCUUCAUGCUGUUGGUUAUUGGUUAAAUCCAGCUUUUCGAUUUAAUUAUGCAGAAUUUGACAAGCACAAAGAAACAAUUUCUGGUCUACUAGAUGUGAUUGAGAAAUAUGCUUACGGUGAUGCUGAUUUGAAUACUAAAUUGACAAGUGAGAAGAGAAUCUUUAAGAAUGCUGAAGGAGACUUUGGGAGACAGUCUGCAAUACGUGAGCGAAGCACAGUGAUGCCUGAUUCACCACCAUUUUUAACUCCUGAAGAAGUUGAUGCUUUACGGAAUGAUCUUGCAAAUAUGUCUCUUCAAUCAGCUUUAGAUGAUUUGGAUGAAUUGAAUCUGGAAGAUGAUCGAGAUGAUGGCGAAGCUAAUAAUACUUCUGUGAAAAAUGCAAAUCAUACUUCUGUGGAAAUUGCAAAUCAGAAUGAAACCAAUCAGGAUGUAGCUCGAGAUUUGUCAGAUGAAGAAAGAUAUCCAGACUUUGAAGUUACUCCUUGGAUAUAA